UAGUCUUCUUCAGAGAUGGCAGCAGGAGCAGGGGAUGCAUGGAUAGAUGAUCCCGGCUGUAUCUGCAGAAAUGAAGGCAUCCUCUGGGCUUUCCCUACCACGGACUGCAGAAGACAACUGAUGGAUGGAAAGAUAAUCAAAUACCUUGUGCCAGUUCUGUUGGUUCCUUGUGACAAGAUUCUGUGGAGGAUCGACGAGAAGCCGGUGAAGAUCGACAAAUGGGAUGGAGCGGCAGUGAAGAACUCUCUGGAUGAUGCUGCAAAGAAGGUGCUGCUGGAGAAGUACGGUUACAUGGAGAACUUCCAGCUGGUGGACGGCCGCCUGGUGAUCUGUACGGUUUCCUGUCUGUUUGCCAUGUUGGCGCUGGUGUGGGACUACCUGUACCCGUUCCCGGAGUCCAGACCGGUUCUGGCCUGCUGCGUCAUCUCGUACUUCAUCAUGAUGGGCAUCCUGACUCUGUACACGUCCUACAAGGAGAAGAACAUCUUCCUGGUGGCCAUGCAGAAAGAUCCGGCCGGGAUGGAUCCGGACCACGUCUGGCAGCUGUCGUCCUCCCUGAAAAGGUUUGACGAUCAGUACACUCUCAGAGUUUCCUUCACCGACGGGAAGAAGAAGAAGAAGUCACGGGAUGCCGAGUUCACCAAGUCUGUGUCUACGUUCUUCGACGAGGCUGGAACUCUGGUGAUGGACCAGUUUGAGAAGUACGUCUCCAAGCUGCACGACACGCUGGCCACGGAGAAGAAAACCAAAUAAGAUGGAGAACUUUCUGUCAGGGAUGGUCCUCCUCCAGAACACUUUGUUGGUUUCAGUUUGGUCUCCAACAUCAGAUUCAGUUUGAACCUUAGCUUCUGGGUCAGAACAUCCAGUGUUCUACAUGGUUCUUGUUCAGUUUCUCUGCUGCUCCUUUAGUGGCAGAACAUUUCAGCUUAGUUUAAAGACAUCCUGAUCAGGAUAUCUGGCUCACAGGUGAUGAUGCAUUUGAUUUAGGGCGGAGCUUUCAGAGUAGGACGGCACUGAUUGGAUGAGCGUACCUGUGCAGCUAACCAAUGAAACAGAGACCUUUAGAGAAUAAAACCACGUGGGAGCAUAAAGUUCUCCCUCCAGCUCUGGAGUUCCUCCACGCAGAUUAAUUUAUGGAUGCUGCAUCUUUGUUCCAGCCGGAGACAUUCUCCUGAUGUGAGGAACACCGUCUUCCUGAACAUCUUGAAACAUCUUCAUCAGCCGGUUGCCUCCUGAAGCAGGAAACUGUCUGGUGAAGCUGUCUGUAGCUCCUGCUGCAGGUUCAGGCAGAAUCUGACGAAUCGAGUCAAACUGAAACCAAGGAAGUUCCCAGCUGAAACCACUCAUUCAGCAGGUAGUGGAGGAGUUUAUCUGCUGUGAAACACGUUUUUUCUGACCUUUGGGACGUCAUCUUCCUGCUCACUUUCUGAACUUCCUGCUUCGGUUCUUCAGAGGUAUGAUUGGAGCAGCUUCAGGCGAAGAGUCCCAUCAGCAGGUCAUCUGUAGGUUCCUGUUAGAAUAAAUAAAAAAAGUUUCAUUUUAGUUUAAAAUAUUUGUCUUUAAUUUGGCAUGUUUAAUCUCCUGGUCCGUAGACCCAUUUACAAUGAGGCAUGCCUCCAGUGGGCGGAGCUACACACCUGAGCAGGUGGAGAGAACAUUUUAGUUGUUUCUGGUUUGUGUUUAGAAGAAAUUCAGCUGACUGGAUGUUUCCUGAUCGAUCUCCUCGGAUGUUGAUGGUUUCCAGCAGGAAGUGAACUGAACGUUGACCGAACGUUUAUUUUAUUUUAAAUGUUUUAUGUUUCAUUGUUUUUCUGUUGGUUUCCAUCUUCAGAGGUCAAAGGUUUGUAAGGAAAAUAAACUUAUCCAAAGGC